AUGGGGAACUACGUGUCCUGCGCGCUCGCCGGCGGUCCGGGCGGCGGCUCGCGGUCGGCGAAGGUGAUCCUUCCCGGCGGCGCGGUGCAGCGGGUGGAGGGGCCGGCGACGGCGGCGGAGAUGAUGCUCAACGCGCCGGGGCACUUCGUUGUCGACUCGCAGUCGAUGCACGCGGGGCGGCGGUUCGCGCCGCUGGCGGCGGACGAGGAGCUGGAGACGGGCCACGUGUACGCGAUGUUCCCCAUGAAGCGGGCGGGCGCGGUGGUCACGGCGGCGGACAUGGCGGCGUUGCUGCUGGCCGCGCAGAGGGAGGUGCGGAGGGAAGCGGGAGGCGCGCGGGUGCUGCCGGACCGGCCGAUGAUAGUUGGCCCGGAGACGGAAAACACGGCGGCGGAGGAGUUGGGGGAGGGUAUGGAGGGGGCGGCGGCGGCUGAGAUCGGAGAGUUCAAGUACAGGUCAAGCAUGUGCCGAUCGAGGAGGCCGAACCUGGAGACUAUCCACGAGGAAGGAAUUUGUUUUUCAAGAUGA